AUGGAAGAAGUGAUCAAAAUAUUAAACUUUAUUCGAGCUAAAUCAUCGCUGAAGCACCAUCAGUUCAAAUCAUUUCUCGAUGAAUUUAAAUCUGAGUAUGGUGAUUUACAACUCUACAACAAUGUAAGAUGGUUGAGAAAAGGUUUUGUACUUCAACGAUUUUUUACAAUAUUAGAUGAAGUUAAGUUAUUUCUUUCCAGUAGAGAUCAAUUAUGCGCAAAAGGCUAUGUAGAUUACCUUGAUGAAAAAGAACAUAUCGUAUCUACUGCUUUCUUAACUGAUAUAUUCAAACAUAUCAACGAUUUAAUUUCAAAUUACAAGGUAAAGGGAAAUUAG